AUGGGAGCGGCGGCUGCCACGACAACAGCUUUCUGCUUCUGCGACCCUGUGCAGAACACCGCCUCUUCCUGGCCAGCACCUUCCGCUCGCCGAUGCGGAAAAGGACGCCUGGAUGCGUCCCGCCGAUCGACAGGAGAUGCUGGUGACAAAGGCUAUCUGCGACGCCGCCUCGUCAGUUCCAAGAUGAGGCUGUAGCGGGCAGCCAUAAUGACCGGUCUGGCGUCUUCUCCGUCCAAUCUGAGGUUUGAUUUAAUAAUUGUAGAUCACAGACUACACACGAUCUCACAGUUGUGCCUCUACAAGGCUCUGAUCGUGCUCUCGGAGGAGGCCACAAGUCAAGCUUAAUACUGUUCUGCUGAAUUUGUCCAUUCAACGUUUACAUUUCAAGACCUGGAAUAAUUGGUGAUCCCGGACAAAAACGCCACCAUGGAGACCCGGUGUUGUCAACUGCAAAAUGCCCUUAAUCCACUGUUUUGGACGUCCUCGGACGCGCACGCAGCCAAAACCAGGACUGGCUCGACGAAAUCGACGUAGAUAUCCGCAACCUGUUCGCCGAAAAGCAUUACGCCAUCGGACGACAGUGGGUCGUAGAAGGGGAGAACGUGUGAGGUAGAUGUCUUAACAAUCAUUGACCCGUUUCAAACUAAGAUCAUGUGUCGUUAUUGAUAAAACAGCUAUGACAGGACCCCGAAGGGUCUUAGCUAAAAAAAUAAUAUUAAUCACUCGUUGUUGAUCUAACGCUUACUACGAUCGAGGCACUGAGGUUCCAUUACUAUUGUCCUAUAAUCCUGGUCCUGUUCAGUUUGUCCCCGACUGUUUUUAAACUGGAAACCGGUCAGCUUUUUUCAUCUGUUGACAGUAAGGAUGUCUGUAAAUUGUCAUUUAACGCCACCUUGACUUGGGUCUAUCUGAAGAGGGGGGGGGGGGGUGAGAGGAGGUAAAUGACCUGUAGUGUCGGUGAACGGAGAUUACCAGUCCAUCGUGUCGGUUAGCAGACUGUUAAGCGUACAGUGCCGCUGCAAAGUUUCACACGGCGCCGUGCUCGAAUGCGUGCGGUUGUUCAGAGUCAGAUUGUCUGCGCGGUGACCUGCUCUAGCGAUCGGAGGCGAUGUCUGACAUUAAUCGGACACUCCGAAAACUUGUCUGCAGACGUUGAGAUGAAAGCGCCAAAUUCAUCGUUGGUCGGUAACUCCGCAUCACGCUAACAGUUACGGUCCCUGGAAGGACAAACCUACAGUACAUGACCUGUCUUAUGAAAUCUGAUUACGGAAACUGAUGCGAGAAUUUCUGGACGUCUUUAACGUUGCGCAUUCUGUUCGCUCAUCCACAGCCUUCGGUGGAAUGCCCUUUUCUUGUGCAUAAAUUGUGUUUACGUAAUUAUAUCCAGCAAAAUGUCAGUAAAAUUUAGCGAAAAUGGACGUUGGCAUAUAUUUGUGUGAUUUCCUAUGCUAAUACAUGUCCUAAACUCCGGUUACGCAUCUGAGCGACUUUUUUCUUUGAAAGGAUAAUAAUUUACCCGCGAGGGUUUUAAUAAACAGAUUUCGCCAAACUCAAAAAAUUUAUUUCAUGUCCGAUGUUAACCGUGGUAAUCAACCGGCUAACACAAAGGUCAUUGUAAGAAAAUCAGAGGUUUUACCGAUUCCUACAUUUAAAAUUGGCAGAUCUGUGCGACUUGGUGCCCUUAAGUACAGUAAUAACGCAGACAGGGAUUCCUUCGUUCAAAUGACCUGAACUUAUUUUGCCACAUGUAACACUACUUGUCGUGUAGGUUAGUUUCUGUACAUACCUUAUUCAGAAAUAGAACGAUCAAAACAUGAAUAGCUUCAGCAAAAUAUCAGUAUUUAUAAUUGGUGCUCUGCUGUGCAUUCAUAAUCGAAGAACGGAGUCUAAAAGCGAGCAAAAGCAGUGAAAAGCACAUUCUUACGUUUACCAUAGAAAAAUAUUACUAUAGCUUAGGGACUCGAAAGAAACGGCCAAAAGUGUCAAAUUUUUGCUUGGCCUUACCGUGCAAAAAUGCAAAGACAGAGAUCAGUCAACGGAGUGCAGUAAUAAAGCACUUUUCUAAGAGGUAACUUAUUAAGGGAAAUUUUCGUAUUGAUCGAAGGCAUAUUCGUUGCUGACUUUCGUUGUGGACAGCCAUCUUUCUCGAAAAUGAAGUUUGAUAUAUGAAUGAGUCUUAAUUUGUUACCCAAAAGACCGUCUUCGUGAAAAGGAGCACCCGAACACUCACUUAUCCGCUAAAUGCCUUCAAGAAUAAUCGCUUUUAAAGUUCUCAACAGACAGCUAAUUCAGAAUCUGUCUUUAUGGACGAUCGGGUGAAAAUGCUGGAAAUCAUGAAGUAUUCAGCAACAUUUCGAGGCCGAUCUGAAACUCAACGUAAUCCGAAACGAACGAAAAGUGUAAAUUAAUUUAACGGAAGGAAAGUUCUCUCUAUAACCACAAAAUGGUAUGUUUACGAUACGCCUGUCAGUUCUAUUUAUUAGGCACCGGCCGGCCUCAUGACAUGUUGUCUUAUGACUGCUUACAUGCGUUUUAGCGCAAACGGCUGUUGCGUGUGUCUGUUAACUGUUUGAACUCCAGUCAUCAAAUAACCAAACACCUGGAAGAACUGCAUAUUCCCGACCAAAAAGGCCUCCGCGGAGACACAGUAAGAUAACUGCGGAAACCAAUUCAUCCCAUGGGUUGCGCGACUUGCCAACACCAAGACUGGUUUGAGGAAAAUGUCGCGGAAAGUAUAGACCGGCACUUUGAGAGGGAUAGGUUGCACAAAGUCUACGCCAACUGCGGAACUGAUGCAGACAGAGCAGUCCUCCACAGGUGGCACAACUACAGGCGAUGCGAAAUGCGGGAAUGGAUCGCAAGGCCGAGGAUCAACCUCAUCCUCUCCCUACUGCUACUACUACUACUACUACUAGUACUGCUGCUACUACUACUACUACUACUACUACUACUACUGCUACUACUACCACAGCUACUACUACUACUAUUACUAUUACUACUACAACUACUACCACCGCCACUACUACUACUACUACUAAUUUUACUAGUACUACUACUACUACCACCACCGCUACUACUACUACUACUACUAGUACUGCUGCUACUACUACUACUACUACUACUACUACUACUACUACUACUACUACUAGUUUGUAGAAUAAGCAUUGCGCGGUUAUUCCACAGAAGUUGAUCUAAUGGAUGGCAGCACGAAAAUAUCCAACCGCAUUUACGUAUCUGAGGAGUGGCAAGAGUCAAUGGUUCAUGGGCUAUUCAUAAAAUGGAAGACUUAUCGAGAAGCGUGGGCAGGGACUACUACUGUCGCUGCAGCUGCUGUUACUACUACUACUUCUACUACUACUACUACUACCACUAAUACUACUGCUACUACCACCGCUACUAGUAAUACUACUAGUACUGCUACUACUACUACUACUACUACUACUACUACUAUUACUACUACUACUACUACUACUACCACCACUACUACUACUACUACUUUCACUACUACUACUACUACUACUACCACCGCUACUACUACUACUACUACUAUCACCGCUACUACUACUACUACUAUUACUACAUUUACUACUACUACUACUACUACUACCACCGCUACUACUACUAG